GAAAAAUUGAAAAAUGACGUAGCAAAUUAACCACAUUCGUUUUUUAUCGUCUGGUAAACCCAUUAUAUUUACGUAUUGGUGUGACGUGUGUUAUCAGUUGUCGGCGAUAGUAUGGAUGAUGGAUGUUUUACUAUUGCCAACGUACGUAAUUCACAUAAACAUUAGAGUUCGAACGAAAUGCCGUCAUUAAGGUUGCUGAUUUACAGAAUCUUCUUAUUUUUGUCAACCUAGUUGGUAUGGGGAUGUCAUGGCUGGCCCAAGUGCGAUGCGUGCACAUGGUAAUGUUUGCUGUAAUGACAAUACCAUUGCUAAUUUGUUUAUCGUACCUCAAUUCAGACCAACUCCAUACUACUGCAUCACCUCUACGAACCUAUGAAAUUAAGCAAGUCCAGAGUAGUGGUCAAAAUGUUAGCCAACCAGAGACAGAAGUGCAAGUAUCGCCCUUUGUUACUUCACAUACAGCUAACACCAACUUUACGGCAAACAAUACAGGACCAGAUCUUUCGAAGGGUGUAACUGCAGAAAAAAUCUACCAAGCGGGACACAUGCGCCAUGAUUCUGAAAUUUGUCCGAAUAUGGGCAAAAAUUUGAAAUUGCUGAUAGCAAUUACUUCAGCCCCCAGUCAUGAAAGUGCCAGAUUAGCUGUAAGAGAAACUUGGGGUCAUUUUGCUAUAAGAAAAGACAUAGUUAUAGCUUUUAUGUUAGGUUCUACUUCAAACCAGACUGUGAAUGAUAGAAUAGAACAAGAACAAGAAAUUUAUGGUGAUAUUAUUAGAGGAAAAUUUGUUGAUGCAUAUGACAAUCUUACUCUUAAAACAAUUUCAAUGCUGGAAUGGGUGGAUAAUUAUUGUUCACAAGUUCAAUUCGUACUUAAGACGGACGAUGACAUGUUUAUUAACGUUUCACGUCUAUUAGCCUUUAUAGCCAAACAUACACCUGAGGAACGAGCAAUAUUUGGUCGUCUGGCCAGAAAAUGGAAGCCAAUUAGGAACAAGAAAUCCAAAUACUAUAUUUCACCUCAACAAUAUAAACCCCCAGUGUUUCCAGACUUUACUACAGGUCCAGCUUAUCUGUUUCCAGCUCUAAUAGUCAAGGAACUUUAUUUGGCUUCUUUAAAUUAUACUUAUUUCAAGCUUGAAGAUGUUUUCGUCACAGGGAUAGUGGCAAAUGGACUGAAAAUAAAACGGGUACAUGUUCCAGAAUUCAUUAAUAAACGAAUAAAAUUUACCCCCUGUAAUAUUCAGAAAGAAAUUAGUAUACAUAUGGUUAAAGGUGCCGAACAAUACGAUUUAUGGAAGAAAUUACAUGAUGUAACUCAGUGUAAAUAAUAAAUGUAAUGAUUUGAACAUAGACUUGUGAUUAGUUUAUAAUUCUUUAUUAUAAACAGUAUUUUAUAUUAAGUUAAAUUAUUUUAUAUAAAUAAUUGUAUAAUCUAUUAGCUUAGAAAUGAGAAAGAAUACAUCACAUCACACCCUAAAUAAUCAAAUUAUUAUUUUGUAUUUUAAUAUUAAAAAACGAACAUUUUGUAUUAUAAUCGCUCAUGUACAUAAGAUUUUAGAAACCCACUUUUAUAUAAUUCCAUUUAGGCCAAAUAAAAUACAAUAUUGUAAAUAUAUUUGUACAAUAAU